UUCUGCGCUGUUUUCGCUGAGAAUCUGAACUCUCAUCUUCUUCAUCAAUGGAAUCAAUUGAAGCGAAGGAGAUAGAGGAAGAGAUGAAGCGGCGGAUUCACGACUGGCGUGAGAUAUCGGAUGAUCUCGUCGCUUCCGGAGACACUUAUGCUGCUAUUUCUCUUGUUCAAUCGGUCAUUCGCUACCUCCAUACCACAGACCUCAGUGAUCGAGUUCUCCGAUCGGCCAUCGCUCUCUCCCACUUGUCCCGUCUCUACGCUUCUAUUAGACCUGUGUUCCUAGUCGACGACAUUGCGCCUAAGGCUUCGAAAUCCCAAGUCUCUUCUUCCGUUGGGUANGCCAAGAUUGUGGAAGAUGAUCGACCUUCGCCCUCAAGUGAUUCAGUCGGUGAAGCAUCCGCUCAAACUGGUAAUUUGGAUCAUAGUAGAGGAAGUGCAAACCGUCCUCAAUCCUAUAUUGGGUCUUGGGAUGAUGAUGAUGAAGAUUGGGAAACUCGUACAGAUCUCCUGCCAUGUGAUUUUGUAAGGAGGAAACGUGAACAACAGUAUCUAGCAGAAGGCAAGGAGACAAAAUUCCGAACCACUAGACAAUAUGGGAGGGGGAAAUUUGCAUGGACGAAACGUGAAUCGUGCAGUGAUAAGCUAUCUGAUUCUUCAACUAUCAUCAAUGAUACGAAUAGCAAAGAUGCUUCUCAAGUAUUGGAGGCGGAAAACACUCCUCAAGUAUUGAAGGGGGAAGACACUUCUCAAGUAUUGGAGGCGGAAAACGCUCCUCAAGUAUUGGAGGCAGAAACCGCUCCUCAAGUAUUGGAGGCGGAAAACGCUCCUCAAGUAUUGGAGGGCGAAGAUGCUCCUCAAGUAUUGCAGGGGGAAGAUGCUCCUCAAGUAUUGCAGGGGGAAGAUGCUCCUCAAGUGUUGCAGGGGGAACAUGCCCCUCAAGUAUUGAAGGGGGAACAUGCUCCUCAAGUAUUGCAGGGGGAAGAUGUUCCUCAAGUAUUGCAGGGGGAAGAUGCUCCUCAAGUAUUGCAGGCGGAAGAUGCCCCUCAAGUGUUAAAACACUAUAGUACUCAACAUGUUCUUGUCCUAGCUGACCUUCCACCGACUACCAGAACAAUAGAACUUGAAAGGCUACUUGGGAGGUGCAUGAAUUCUGGAGUUCUCCUUCGCUGGGUCAAUGAGUCAGUCGUAGUUGUAGUUUUUCAGACACCAUCAGCAGCACUCGAGGCUCUGAAUCGUAUUAGAUCUCCUUUCACUGCACGCAUACUUGAUGAGAAUGAUACUCUUUUGAGCUCAAUUUCACCGAGUGAUCUGGAGCCUGCAAAGCUGAGGCCAAAGACUGAUGUCAGAACAGCCCGGCGGCUGAUCGCUCAAGGAUUAGGAUUGAGGUUUCCAGAUUUCCCCACUGCCUUCGCGUUGAAAGGACUAAGAAAACUGGAAGAAAGCACCACAAGUUGAGGGAUGAAGCUUGGGGAAGUGAUGAUCCAAGUUAUAGGUUAGUUCUUGUACUUUUUUGUUGAAUGGAUGGAAAUUCUUGUUUAUCUCAAGAACGCUUUACUCCAUUACACAUCCCCAUGGCUUGAGUUCCAUUAAAGAAAUAUAAAAGUUGGUCCUUAUGGCUGCACUA